AUGGUUUCUCUCCAAUUCUACAAUUACAUCCUAAUUCUCAGCCUUCUCUAUUUCAGCAGCGCCUCGCUGAUUAAAGGCUACACAUACACGCCCUGCAAUGGUUCGAUAGCAGACUGCGAUGUAGAAGGUGAGAUGCUGAUGGAGUCGGAGAUAAGUAGAAGGGUUCUUGCACAGAGAAAGUACAUCACACCCGGAGCCUUAAAGCCAGAUCAGCCGGUUUGCAAAGGUGCUAAAGGGGAAGCUUAUAGCAAAGCUGGAGACUGUCUUCCGGAACAAUCUAACCCGCCAGACCGAGGGUGCCAAAAGUACUAUCGUUGUAGAUCUAGUUCCUGA